CUGAUGACUCAAGGAACAGCUGAUAUCGUACUAGAAUGUUGUUCAGAGUACUGGAAUGGGCAGGAUAUCUGUCCUAUAACAGAAAAUGACAGGAAGAAGAUAUUAGAUUUUUAUCAUCGUAACACUAUGGGAGCAUAUUGUUCAGCAUUUGCCUACAAACCAAUCUCCCAGAAGAUAGCGUCACAUUUAGAAGAUGUCUAUCUGGAACUUCCAGAGACAAACAUUAAACGGACAUCAUCUUUUAAACCUAGAGCUGCAACUCGUUCAUUCAGCGUGGAUUCUUUGAUGGACACUGAGAGUAUGGAAUCUAUAACGGACCCUAGUGGUUGUUACCAUGCCCAGCAGAACCAGAUAUUUAUUGGAAUGAUAACCUUACAGUAUCAGGCUAGACAGGAUUUCGUUCAGUUAAUAGACAAGUUAGAAUCAGCCUGUAUUAGAUUUGUUCAUUUCUCUAAAGAGAAUGAGUUGAGAAGUCGAGUAUUUUCUGAGAAGAUGGGGCUAGAAGCAGGUUGGAAUUGUCAUAUAUCAUUAUUAUCUAAAACCUAUGAGGAAGAAGAUUGGAACAUGUCUGGAAUUGGAUCUGAAGGACAUCUUGAGAAGCCAUCAUGCCGAACGAGAUGGGAAACCAGCGAAGAUGAAGAGGGGAAUGAAUAUCAGUCUGAUUCGAGAUAUACAUCGAGUUACGUCACAGAAAAUACUGACGACAGUCUGGGAGCAUUGGACAAUCGGGCAAAAUUACCACGAGGAAUUGAGAAUAUUCGACCACAUAUACAGAAUGUAGAUAAUGUACCUCUACUAGUUAAUUUAUUUACUGAUUGUACAGUAGAAACUACUAAAGAAAUGAUCACUAUAAUGCAGGAACAUGGUGAAGUAGUACUAUGUGUUGGUAGUGCUUUAAGUAUUCAUAAUACUCCUUUAUUUCUACAGGCUGAUUGCUGUUUAGCAGUGGAGCCAUUACAUCCUGUAUCGUGUACCCAGCAUCCUAGUAACUACGUAUGGGCAGAUGAUGAACCCACCCCCACUCAGAUAGCUUGUGAUUUAAUUAGUAUACCCUGCCCCCUAGCGUUUAGAUGUAAUGAUAAUUUCAGCUUGAUUCAUCUUAUAGCAGAGGCUCGUCACCAUAUAUUCAGUAUGAGGAACUGUUUUUAUCUGAUGUUAUGUUAUCAUCUAUCUUUAUCAUUAAGUCAAGUUCUCGCUAGUUGUCUUCUCUUGCCACCAAUCUUAUCUUCUCGUCAUUUAUUAUGGUUACUAUUAAUAGUAACACCAUUACUGGGGUUCACCAUGAUGGGGAAUCCUGUAGAUCCUAGAAUAAUGAAUUUAGCAACAAGAAAAAAUAUAGAUCAUAUUAAUUUAAAUGUCGUAUUACAGUUUUUACUGCAGUUUGCGUUAAGGUUUAUACCCUCUAUGGUUGUUAGUUUACUGUGUUUUAUUUUAACUCUGUAUUCUUACUGUGAAAACGUCUUACAUAUUCCCUUCAUAAUAUGCUCUGGAAUCUUCAGUCCAAAAUGUAAUGAUACAGUGAAUAGUUGGUAUGAAAAAUAUUCUGGAGGUCUAGUCCUUGCUCAAAAUAUCAUGUUCUUUCUACAAGUUCUUUAUUUUAUUUGUAUAUCAGCCUCAUUUGUCCAUUGGACUGACCAUAUAUGGAAGAAGCCACCAUUUACCAACAGACUGUGGAUUAUAAUUACUCCUAUUGUGUUGAUAUUACAGAUAAUAUACAGCGUUAGUGAUGUUACUAUACAUAAUAAUCAUGUGACCUAUACACUACCACUAUCAGACGUACAUCCGUCAGUCUGGGCAAUCAGUAUUACCUGGAUACUGGUUAUUCUAGCUAUCAACGAGUUGGUCAAACGACGCGAAGUAAAAUUAGCUGUGCGGUACCAGAAACGAGCAAGAUUAGAUUUUGAUACCAAAUUAGGAAUGAAUUCUCCAUUUUAA